AUGCCGCCGCACCUGCUGAGCCGCCCCCUCCCCGACGCCAUCAAGACCGAGCUCGAGAGGCUCUUCUUGGACAAGGUAAUCGCAAACCUUGGGCUGUGCGUGUCUGUCUAUGAUAUCAGAUCCAUUGAAGGUGGUUCCAUCCAUCCAGGAGAGGGCUGCUCGACCUAUAAAGUUUCAUUUCGUUUGCUGAUGUUCAAGCCUUUUAAUGGGGAGGUUCUUGUUGGGAGGAUUAUUGGAUAUGAUGAUAAGGGGUUGCAGGUUUCACUUGAUUUCUUCAGUGACAUUUCCAUACCUGGACACUUGAUGCAGUUUGGCACAGUAAGGGGACCAGAUGGUAGGUGGAUGCUGAAGACUGAAGAUGGUGAUGAGCUUUAUCUAGAUCUAGAUGACGAGAUAAGGUUCUUGGUUUCUAGCACAAAAUACCCACCUAUCCCAAUUGACCAAAAGGAGGAUGACCCACCAUUUGCUCCAAUGCAGAUUGUUGGAAGUAUUAAAGGAGAUGGCCUUGGUCUUCUUGCUUGGUGGGCAGCUGAUGAAGAGGAGGGGAGGAGGCGGCAGAGCAAGAGCAAUAGCAUUGUGUUGCUCUAG